CCAUUUAGCAAAUAUGAUCAUUAAAAUUGCGAUAGCAAGAUCCUGAGCUGUAUUUUGUGCGAUUCGGGCAAUUAUAAUGGUGGAAAUAUAUGACGAAGAAAAAAGUUUACAUAAUAAAAAAUUAAAAUUAAAACGCGAAAGAGUGAGAAAAACUAAAAUGAACGCAUUUGGGGAAUAUAUUGAUAACUGCAUUUAUAUUUUGGUGACAUUUUUUAUCGCGGAUGUGCUGCUGCGCUCUUAUAAAGUACUUAUCGAAUACUUCAAAUACAAAAACCAUUAUUUUCCCGAAAAUCGCUUAUGGACCAUAUUGUGUCGUGCAUUUUCCUACAAUGUAGCCAGUUUAGUAAUUUAUUUAUUAGUUAUUAUUGUGGCGCUAAUACGAGUCAGUUGUGAUAAGCGCCAACAUUUUAUACCGCCACCAAUAUAUUUCGCAUUUAUACCACUGUGGUGGUUAAUUUCACUCUCACAAAUGGGUCAUAGCACAAUCGAUUAUGCUAUGUUUAUUCGUGAAAAUCAUGGAUUGGAUUCGGCAUCAAGUAUGGCAGCGAAUUACUUUCAUGGCUACUUAAAAUUGGCGUUACCUGCAGUUAAUAGCGGUACUGGGAUACGGGAGAGAAUAGAGUUUUAUGAGCAAAAACAUGGCGUAAAAUUUGCGACUAAACGAUUGGUUAUACUAAUACCAAGUAAAUUAUUCAUAAAAUCAAAAUUUGAAAGCUUGUAUUUGGAAAAGGCGGAGGCUUUGAAGAGUGCGUAUCACAAUCGUGCUGGAGUGUUUCGAGCUUAUCAGAAUGAUGUAUACCGUUUUACGAAACCAAUUAAUAAUAGGUUCUAUUACCUAUCGUUGGAAGGAGCGACACCGAUAUUAACUUUUUUUGAAACACUUAAUCUGCCGCUAACAAAAACUAAACAAAUAGAAGAAAUGCAGCGAGAAAUUCUUUUGAAAUUUUACAAAUAUUUGCGAAAGCUGGUUUAUAAGUGGCCGGAAACGGAAGAAGAAAUAGAUUUAAUUUUCUAUGAUGACUACAAGCCAAAUGGUGGAAAACAAGACAUUGGAGAAAUGCUUUUUACACAUUUCAAGCAUUUAAUACUGUCAAUGGAGUCGAAAAAUUUGACUGAAAGUAUUCGGAAAACACUUGACUAUGAUGACAGCCGGCAUGACUAUUGAUACAGGAGUGGCUCGAAUUUUUUUGUAUUUAAAAACAAAAAAUCGCUUCAGCGGCUGCAAAGCCCCUAUUAUAUAUAUGUAUAUGGGAAAUGCGCAUAUGUACAUAUGUAUAUAAUUUUCUUUGAUGAUAUUUAAAUUGUGUUUAUUAUUUGGAAUUUCUAAUCAUAUUGUAGGUAAACAAUUUGCGAAAUCCGUCUUAUCAAGGCAUGAUUUUGAACGCUAAUAGUGUAUAUAUAUAUAGAUAUUUUUAUUAUAUAUAUGCAUAUAUAUAUAUAUUUCACAAAAGGCGAUCGAAUUGCUGGAUCUAUACAAAACAGUAUAUAUAUAUAUAUAU